CAUAUACCCACGUAGUAAGUGCCCUGUGUGUGUGCGCGUGCAUGCUGCUGAUGCUGAUGCUAGUUUAGUUUAGUUGGAAAUUUAGUGCUUUUAGCAGUGUCGCAGUUCACAUCAGCUAACGUUGCUGAUGCCGACGAUACUUUUCGGCGUCCAUGCAACAGCGGUCCACCAACAGAGUCGUCUUCUUCGAAUCGACCGCUGCACGACACCCAUCGUCGUCGGACUCGUCGGAGUCGUCGGUCCUCGGUCGCCGUGAUUGUGUGUGUAUACACACAACCUCUCUCUCACAGUCUCAACCAACGACGAGGAAGCGGAGGAAGUGAACAUCAGAAGUGACAGCACCUAGUGGGUGACGUGUGUGUGUGUGUGACUGUGUGUGCGGGUUACCCGAAUGCACUGAAGGAAACGAACUGACGGUGAACAUUCCUGUAAAGCCGUCCGAGGAAAUCUUCGGAGCCUGGAGGAAUCCUUUCCGUGGAGGCUACAGCAUCUGCGACAGUAAAGUCGUGGUGUUUACAAUUUGCACGACGGCCAACAUUUCAUGAGUGCCAAGGGCCAAGAGGGCCCUCUCGCAUCCAGGGUAGAAGCAGAGAGCCCUUGCAGUGAUAUGAAGCGCGCAGCGACCAAGAAAUUGAUCGAGCGGUACUUUUACCAGCUGAUAGAUGGAUGUGGCAAUCCGAGCUGCGACAAUCAGUAUUGCGCGUCCAGUGGCAAGUUGGCAAAUUUGACUGCAAACGAAGCUGCAGCUCAAGCGAUCAAUUUGUUUUCACAAGACGCCAGACUAUGCGAUGGUACCCAACCCAGCAAGGUUGCAAAAACAACACUGGAGUCGGGCCCUGCUUCUUUGGCCAAAAGCUUACCGAACAAAAACAUUAAUCCAACAUGCUCUGUGGAAGGAAAAUCUGUGCCAUACCUUACAGAAGCCAAACUAGUGGAUAUCAUAGAAAAAUGCAAAGCAGAAAGUUCUUACAGUCUCCUUAUAAGGACACUAGGAGAAGUUUUUUCUUCCUCCCAAGCUUUAAUCAAAAGUUUUCAAAAGUCAGAAAAAAAUGAUUCAGCACUGGCAGCCCUACUUGAUAAGGCUCCUACAUCAUUGCUGUGUUCUUCAAAGGAAAUGAGCAAAGAAGCUGUGAGAUCCCUACAGGGAGAUGACAAAGAAGAAGACAGCUGUGACUCUGCACCCAAAGUUCCUCAGCCCGAUGACACUAGUGUAGAUUUACCAGCUGUUCGCCGUGCUUUUGAAGCACUAUGGUCUUUGCCAGGAGAAGCAUUUGAAUCUGCAUUGGUUCAUGCUCUAGUCACGUUGGCCGAUCAAAUAGAAUUAGAUUUGCGAGUAUUUGGUGUGAACGAAGCGGAAAGUACCGACAGCCUGUUAAGUGUGUUUUUAAUCGUCUUUGAAAUACCUGUGCUGGGAAGCAGUGAAUAUUUAGACAUGGCUUUACAUAUGCUCUGUAAAGCAGCCAGCUGCCUGCCUAUCUCGGCUCAAGCAAAGCUCGCUCGGAUAUGGGCAAGACAUUGCAAAUCUCGAUUACCUAGUUUACUCCAAGCUUUGCAACAACUCAUUACUGUUAAGGUCAUUGGUGGCGCCUUCACUCGGGAUUACUGCGUGCAAGAUGCUGAUACAAUCACAGCACCAACAAAAGUAAUGCAAAUAAUAUACUAUGCUAGUAUCUUAGCUGGCGAGCUUGACCCUUCAGAAGUCGCCGAAGGAACCAAUGAAGCAAAUAAUUCUGAAAAAUCAAAGCCAAGUGAAGUAACUUCCUCAGACUUGGCUGAAGAAUUAGGUGUUUCAUUUUUGGACUCUCGCAAUCCUCUCAUACCUUUUGUUGACUUUUACAACGAACCAUUGAGUGAUGCAGUUGAGAUGGACAAAGAUUUUGCGUAUUAUAAGAGUGAACAGCCCAAAAAAUUUAGUUUCAUGAAUUAUGCAUUCAUUCUUACACCGGCUACAAAAACUUUAGGUUUAUACUAUGAUAAUCGUAUACGAAUGUACAGUGAACGUAGGAUGAGUUUCUUCCAAGCAGUAGUUGGAAGGCCUUCUAAUCCGUACCUGAGAUUAAAAGUAAGGAGAGAUCACCUUAUUGAGGAUGCUCUUGUUGAACUGGAGGUAGUAGCAAUGGAAAAUCCUAGUGACUUUAAAAAACAACUAGUUGUGGAGUUUGAAGGUGAGCAAGGUGUCGAUGAAGGAGGAGUUUCUAAAGAAUUUUUUCAAUUAGUAGUGGAAGAAAUUUUUAAUCCAGAUUAUGGAAUGUUCACGACACAGGAAGAUACACAGACGACCUGGUUUAAUCCCACAUCAUUUGAAAGUGAUGCACAAUUCACUCUUAUUGGCAUAGUUCUUGGAUUAGCUAUUUACAAUAACGUUAUACUUGACGUGCGUUUUCCAAUGGUCGUUUAUCGAAAGUUACUUGGUAGGAAAGGGACAUUUGCAGAUUUGGAAGAUUGGAAUCCAACACUUUAUCGUACUCUAUUAGAUAUGCUAGAAUACGCAGAAGAUGACAUGGCGGAUGUAUUUAUGCAAACAUUCAAAAUUGGAUAUAAAGAUGUAUUUGGUAAUUUGCUAUAUCAUGAACUAAGCGACAAGGGUGACGAAGUUUACGUAACGCAAACAAACAAAAAAGAAUUUGUAGAUUUGUAUACGGAUUUUUUACUAGUUAAAUCCGUGGAAAGGCAAUUUGAGGCAUUUAAAAAUGGCUUCCAAAUGGUGACAGAUGAAAGUCCUCUUGCCUUGUUGUUCAGACCCGAGGAAAUUGAGCAAUUGGUCUGUGGAAGUAAAAUUUUUGAUUUUGCCGAGUUGGAGGCAGCCACAGAAUACGAAGGUGGAUACACAGUGGAAAGUGACGCGAUACGUAAUUUCUGGCAAGUUGCUCAUUCGCUACAACCGGAAAGUCAAAGGAAACUCUUGCAAUUUACCACAGGUAGUGAUAGAGUGCCUGUAGGAGGUCUUUCACGCCUUAAAAUGGUGAUAGCCAGACACGGUCCAGAUUCCGAUAGAUUACCAAUUGCCCACACGUGUUUUAAUGUCUUACUGUUGCCAGACUACAGUACAUUAGAAAAAUUGCAGGAUCGAUUAUUAAAGGCAAUUAAUUAUUCAAAGGGCUUUGGUAUGCUUUGA